UUUCAUCUUAAGCAGUCAUGUUUCCGCUCACAGAGAUGUUUGAGUGAAUACAGUAUAGAACACACUCCUCAGGAUCAGACGAUGAAGAUCGUACCGCUUCAGAUCUAUCUGUUGAUGGUGUCUUCAGUCACAGAGAGUGUAAGAAACACAGCAGUAAGUUUAGGAUCUGAGCUGAUUAUAAGCUGUGAUCUUGAUAUAAAGGAGAUUUACUGGAUCAGACACAAAUCACCAGACCCUCCAGAGAUCAUCUUACGCUCUUAUGAUCACUUGUAUGAUGCAGCUAAAUAUGAAAACAUCACCUUCAAACCCAAAUAUUCAGUGAAAACUAACAGCCGUCUGUGGAUCAGAAAUAUCAGCACUGAUGAAUCAGGAGUUUAUUAUUGUGUUAAAACUAGUGAACCACUAAAGUUCAGCAACGGAACCAGAAUCUACAUCAACGACACAGUCCAUGAGAGUCCAACAGAAUCAUGCAGCGCUUCACAACAGGAGAUACCAUGGAUAUGGAGAAACCUGACCAUCACAUCUCUUCUGUUCAAUGUGCUUUUGAUCGUGGCAUUGAUAGGAAAGAGCUACCUUCAGUCAAGAAGAUUAAACAAAACGUCAGCAGACCCUCAAAGUACCACAGCAGCUCAAUACUCAAACAAUUCACACUAUUCUGCAGCUGAUGUUUCCACGCGCCUCAGUGAAAACAGACCUCAUCAGGAGCAGAGCAUCUACUCUCUUCUACAGCCAGUAAAAGUGUGAAGAGAUAUUUGAGACAAAGUAAAUCCGUUGAAAGAUUACUGGACUAAAACCCUUCUCACACAGACCUUCAGUGCAGGAGGAACCCGUGCUCGUAUGAACGCAGAUAGUUCAUAGUGACGCUCAGUUCUGAGCUAGUUUUCCAACACUGUCUCACGACCAAUUCUUACGUAUUUUACGAGGUGAACCUCACGAUUUUGUUUGAUUUGUCUAAACCCCCGUGACAGAGUCACUCGUACAAAUUCACAGGAAACUGGUAACUCGUAAAAUACGAACAAUUUAGCAAAAAUCGUCUGAAUUCGAAUGAGUGAGGUCGUGCAAACUUGUACCAACUAGCCACCUUGUAAAAAAUGCACGAAUGGCCCUGAGAUCAGGCUGGAUUUCUCAAACCUUUAAAGUGCCACAUGAAAAAUAUCAUCAGUAGUUAUACUGAUCCAAAAAUAAAAUGUUCAUGUAGUAGACACUGAGGUGAUAUUAGUGACAAGAGGAAGUGGUUUCUCAGUAACUAUAAAGUUUAAUGGUGUUUUUACUGAUGCUGAACUGUGCUCUCGUUACAGAAGUACUUGUUUUUUUUUGUUAUCGUGUAUGUUUGCUGCUUUGUGAAUUGUUAUAUCUGUUAUAAAAUGUUCCCGUUUUGAGACGCUUUGCUUCUAACUAGCAGUCAGUCAGUUGCAUGUAAACCACAGGGCAAUGAGGUUUUCUUGGAGCCGAAGCAGCUUCUCAAUCAGUUUCACGAAACAUGCAAUGAACAAUCCUUAAUCUACAACACAUCAGCUAGCAGUGCUGAAAAUAAAUUCCUUUCUCGCAUUGCUUUGCGCUAUACAGCUGAAUAUAUUAAGAUUUCCUAUUUUCAGCUAAUGUUUUGUGUUUUAUAAAGAGUUCACAUACAGCAGGAGGAGGAACAACUUUCAGUGCAUGUGCUAAAGAGACUCCGUUUUUAAAAAGUCCAACUUCUGCACAGCUCGUUUUUGUGGUUACCACAGCGUGGGUUUUCUGCAGGUAAACUCUUCCACACUUUGGUCACUUGUCUUUCAGUGAAUGCAUGCAGACCAGGGCAGAUAUGACGCUUACUUUCAUGUGUGCGAAAGCAAAGCUGCAAGGCAUAGACAUACGGUCUUGUUAUACCAUGCACUGGAAAGGUUUUUAGUAAAAACGCUUCACCUGCUAAACUACUGGCUUGUUACCCAGCUGUCUGCUCAGCCCCGUGGGGUACGUUCAUGUUUUUGGACUUCAAUAAAGCUGAUCUAACUCUG